GAAGACGCGUCGGCUGAGAGGAAGAGAGACGACGACACAAGGAAAGAAAAAGAGGGGGCGGGACGUUUCUUUUUUCCAACUCUUUCUUCUUCUUCGUCCGUCUCUUCCUCUUCUCUCCGUGAACAUGGAGACGCCUUCCAUCUCCACCGUCAACCCGCAAGCAGUUGAAGACAUGAUUAGCUCAACCGCGGAUAUUUCCAAACCGCAACCGCAGCCGCCGUCACAUGAAGUUGAUUCUUCACCAGUUGCUGUAUCUUCCGAUGGUGGUGUUGUUGUCGUCUCGGAGAUACCGUCAGAUGAUGGUUUAGAUCACGAGAGAAACAUCGGCGAGGAUCGCGAUCAUCCUGUCGAGACCGAUGAUGAGUUGAAGCAGAAGAUCAUCAGACAGGUGGAGUACUACUUUAGUGACGAGAAUUUGCCUACUGACAAGUUUCUUCUCAAUGCUAUGAAGAAGAACAAGAAAGGCUUUGUUCCGAUAUCAAGCAUUGCUACAUUCCAUAAAAUGAAGAAGCUCACUCGCGACCUUGAUUUGAUUGUAUCAGCUUUGAAGGAGUCGUCAUUUCUUGUUGUUAGUUCGGAUGGGAAGAAGGUGAAGCGUCUGAGUCCUCUUCCUGAGGCCAGGGAUCCAAAGGUUUUCACUGUUUUGGUAGAAAAUCUGCCGGAGGAUCAUUCAGACGAGAACAUUCGUGCCAUAUUUGGUAAAGCUGGAAGCAUUAAAAGUGUAUCCAUAUGUGAUCCAAAUGCUGCUGAAGAAUCAGAGAAGGGUUGUAAGAAAGACAAAUUCAUCCGAACCAGGUUACAUGCCUUUGUGGAAUAUGAAACAGUGGAGGCAGCUGAGAAAGCGGCAGCUACAUUGAAUAACGAGCAAGACUGGAGAAAUGGGUUGCGAGUUAAGCUUCUUGAACAAGCAGUAAAGUAUGCACAGAGAAGACCAGCUAGGAAGGAAGUAGAUCCAGAGAAGGACAAUGCAGGUCGAGUGCAUGAUCAAACUGGAGGUGAGGAGAACAAAAACUCAAAUGAACAUCAGCAUCACCGUCACCAUCACCAUCAUUCGGAUACUCCGGCCGAUAACGAUGGGGGUGAUAAAAAUGGAAACAAAGACAGAACUAGGGGACGGGGUAGGCGACAGAAUCAUCAAGGCAGCAACGUACAUGGAACCUCACCAUCAAGUUCAUCAUCGUUCCAUCAUAAUUAUAAUCAUCAUCAUCCGGUGGAGGUCUCAAAGCGUCCGCCCGGCCCGAAGAUGCCUGAUGGGACGAGAGGGUUCACAAUGGGACGUGGGAAACCGCUUUCUACUCCUCCUCCCACGUCUGCUCAAACUAGCCACGAAGUUUGAUGGAUUUCUCAUGUGUGUGGUUUCGUUUCGCUUAAAAUGUGAAACAUGUAUGUAUGUAUGUAGUUAUGAAUAGAGAUGUUGUGUGGGAUUUGGGUUUUCUUUUGGCAUCUGCAAGUACUCUGAAUCCUCGCUUGGGUGUUGUAGCUUUUGUGUCGUUGUGAAUGUUCUUUGAUGGAAAAUUUUCAUGUGCUCUUUUUU